AUGGCUGCUACGUUGAGCGGGACUUACACCUCCGCUCCCGACACACCAUCCCCGGUUUUCCCUGAUCGACUUAUCAGACCUCUGCCAAAGCGUCCAAUUCGUGCCCGUUUAUCCCCCGAAACCGCCGAUUCCAUCCUUUUUCCACCGUCUCCCCCGGCGACCCAGCUGUUCUACACCUCGUACGCUACCAACGGAGAUGUCGUAAACGGUGCAAAGGUUUUCGUGCAGCGAGCUAGUUAUGGAUUUGAGAACAACCCCGAUGACGACCAUCACAUAUAUGAAGACGGGGUAGAGUCUGAUGAAGAUGGGCCUGUUGUUGUGCGGCGGAGUAUAGGGCUGCACCGGUCGUCUUUGCCUCCUUCGGAAUUUGUGAAGCAUAUGGGCUCUCCUUCCAAGGCAAGCUCAAACGGUCUCGAUGGCUACGAUGCAUUUGAAAACACAAACAAUAAGAAGAAGCGGAAAAUACCUACAUCUGGCGGUUUAGGCUGUCAUUCGUCCCUUUCAGCUGAUAUUUUAAGCAUCAGCCCUUCCAGUGCACCUGCUGUCAAUUCUCGGCCCCUGGAGGAGUGCAGCGGCAACGCUGCUUAUUACGCAUCCAGUCAUGCUAUUUCCCCGCCUAGCUCUGGUAUUUCCGGUUCUGGACGUGGGAGGUUUGGCCGAAAUGCCGUCCGUUCUGGUAGUGGAAGAACUUCUUCGGGUAGCUUCCCUGUCAACUGGCCCAGUCACCGGCCUGGUGGCAACCGCCGUGACGUGCCCUCUCCUAGUCAAGAACAAUUCGGUGCAGCAAAACAUCACGACCAAGGUAUCAUCUCGACUGCCAUUGCUAAUGCAGCAGCAUUUUCAGCCAUGUCAACGCAAACAAAGGAGGCCACAAGCCUAUUGGAUCAGCCGCUGAAACCUGCGCCUGCAAAGACGCAAUUUACCUUCACUUGCGAGUCUGAUUCUUCUAAGGGAAUGGCGUCUUGGCCAAUGCAUAGCGUCUACCCUCCUAUCCAACAGCAUCGACCAACUUUUCAACCCACUGCUAGACCUGGCUCGGGGCAGAGAAGAUUUUCAACCCAGGGCACGCAGACCAGCCCCAACGUAACAUCACAGGUCAAUCAGCAGAGCCAACCUGCUCCCAGCCAUCCUACCCAGGCAGCUCCGCCGCCAGCGCAAGGGAAAAAAGCCCGUAGAUCGCCUCGAGCCGUAUAUGCGUUUGCUGCUCGCCAGCGCAGGCUUCAGCAGCAGUACACAAAUCUACACCAUCCACCUAACAUUGAGGACAUUUGGAUUUGCGAGUUUUGCGAAUAUGAGAGCAUCUUUGGGCACCCACCCGAAGCCCUGAUCCGGCAGUAUGAGAUCAAAGAUCGAAAAGAGCGGAGAAGAUUGGCAGAGAAACGGAGGCUGUUAGAGAAAGCCAAGCUGAAGGGCCGCAAAGGAAAAAAGCAGCCCAAAAACGCGGGGAAGAACGCAGCCGCCCAGCAGCCAGCUUAUCAGCAAAACUAUGAUCGGCAGUCGAUGCCAGACCAAUCCAUAGAAGGCCAGGAGGGGCAGGAAGACUACAUAGGAUCUAUGGACGCUGAAGAGUAUGGUGACCAACUACCACCGCCACCUCACGCACCGCAUGGUAGCCCAAACAGACAGCCUGCUGCCGCUCGUGGAAACCCAAAGCAUACAGCAAGCCAGGGCCCAGGUGAACUUGACGGGAGUGGACCGGGCCGUGCUGGAUGA